AUGGAGCCAGACAUUCUCACCUCCUCGGCCAAAGUCCUCUUCGUCUUCAUCAACUGCCGUGUGCUGGCCACCAUCGUCGUCCUCUUCGGCAUCGCCGCCAACGUUGCCAACAGCAUCGUCUUCUACCGCCAGGGCCUCGGCUCCUCCAUGAACAUCAGCUUCUUCUCCCUCUCCUUGUCCAACCUGUUCUCCGUGGUGGCGUUGCUGUGGAUGAACUUCUGCAACACGAUCAUCGUCGAGUACCUGGAGCUCUACAACAUCUCCAACGACAUCGUCUACCUCACCGGGGGCUGGCCUUCCGGGUGCGCGCUCAGAAUAACCAGCUGGAUCACGGCGUACAUGACGGCCGAGCGGUGUCUCUGCGUGGCAUUUCCGCUCAAAGUAAAAACCAUAGCGACGCCCCUGAUUAUAAAAAGUGUUGGACUGCAAUAAAGCUUUAAAAUAUAUUAAUAAGACACGAACAAAUUGUGUCAAUAGAACAAUAUGAGUUAGCUUUAAUAAUAAUUGUACAUUAUACAGAAUUAAACGUUUCGGCACAUGCCUUCAUCAGUACAAACAAACACAACACAUUUAAAUAAGUAUAAAUUAAAUUUACGGUUGUAAUGAUUUCAGCUAUAACCCUAGGCAAUGUCCUGGCUCUCAUCCCGGAAUACGCCUCUGUUUAUUACGACUGGAGUUUUAUUCCGGGAAAGAAUCGGACUGUUCUUGGCCUCGCUUUCAGAAGUAACCGCGCGGAAACUAAAGGUUUGGUGUUUACAUUUCACGCGGCUCUAGCGGUGACCUCCCUUGUCGCCCUGGCAACGUUUACGUUUAUUUUAAUUUUCCAGCUAAAGCAGCGCUCAAACUGGCGCCUGAGCUCGCUGGCAAACUCGAAACAGAACGAGGCGAUCUCCGCCCGCGACAAGAGGGCGGUCACGCUGGUCAUCGCGGUGGCCAUUCUACUGAUCGUAUGCUACUCUCCAAUCGUCAGCACAUCCCUGGGGUCAUCGUUCGCGCCGGAAUUCAGCGUUGCAGGAAGGCAGGCUAACCUGUUCAACGCCUGCUGGUCUUUCGCGUUUCUGCUCGGGGCCAUCAGCUCCAGCGUCAACAUCAUCUUGUACUACUUGAUGAGCUCCAAGUACAGACUCACCUUUCAACGUAUGCUU